CGCGUGCGUGGGGGGGUUUGCCUCGCUCGCGUUGUGUACAGAUCAUCGCAGCACAGUCAUGAACACACACACACUAUAGCGCUGCUCCUGACUACACUGCAGUUCACGAGAUAUACAUGAACGAGCUCUGCGGCAGUCUUUCAACAAGUUAAGAGCGGCAACAAUGAACUGACCAAUACCUGCCACAAUCCCACGAUCACUGAGAGAUGUAUGGUAUGUGAAAGAUCGAGCAGAUGACCUUUAGGAAUAUGCAGGUGAACUACAGCAAUCCUUCAUUCUGACCAAAGAUAUCGAGCUGCGUUCAUGAAGGAUUUUUUGGAUUGGUCGUAGGCCAAUUUGAUUGGCUGACUUUUGACCCCUGGUCAUGGCGAAGACAACAGACUCCUUAAAUCUGUCCUUCCUCCUGGAGAAUGAAAGACAGAUGAUCCUGAGUGUCCUCCAAAAAGACGAGAAGCUCCGUAAGCGUGAGGAGAAACGCAUCAGGAAGUUGAAAAAUGAACUUUUAGAUCUGAAACGAGUCGGGCGGCGCAGUUCUGCAGAUCAGCGUGAGUGUGCCGUGUGUCUGCGUGCUCUGGGUCUCAUCCUGCAGAGGGGUAAUGUGUGCACCAACUGUCAUCGACGUGUCUGCAACUUCUGCACUGCUACGCCUCCGGACACCAAACACUACAAAUGCACUGUGUGUGCAAAGACUGCGGAGCUGAAGGUGGUUACAGGCGAAUGGUUUCUGGAAGAAAGAGCCAAAAGGUUUCAACAUGCUAGCAGUGAUGUAGUCAAACAGUCUAUACUCUGCAGUCCUCCAGUAGAUGAAGCCUCUACCCCCAGACAGCCCUCUCCGUCAGAGUUGGAGAGAUCAGCCACACCCAAAUCUGAUAGAUCAGCCACGCCGAAAUCUGAGAGAUCAGCCAUGCUCAAAUCUGAGAGAUCGGCCACGCCCAAGUCACACAAAAGCGCAGGAAAGAUAAAAAAUAGGAAGAGAGCGGUUGCAGUGGAAUCCUCAGGUUUGCCAACAAUACCCAAUAACAUGCGAGCGCAAACGCCCAGAACACCUACCCACAUCGAGGGAAGAAACAAGCCGGAUGGGGCAGAGAGCGUGACUAGUAUACAAAGUAGCAACAACAUUUCUGAAAAGAUGGCAGGUGAGCGGAGCACACCCUCCAUUGCCGUGUCCAGAGCCUCCCUCUCAUCAGAUCGCAGUCGCUCAGAAAUUGACCUCAGUAAUGCCGUGGAAGGGUUAAGUGAAGACCCGCUGGUGAAUCGUUGCCGUUCAGUACCAGGGCUGAACGAUGGGGACUCGGAUGAGGACAUUGAUGCUUUGUUGUCAGCGCACUACAAAACCAACCGGAGCGUCUGCAGCGCGCAAUCAAUGUCUUCCACGCCUGCGUCGGAGAGAAAGUGGGGUUUCCUAAAUGUCCCUGACUCAGAUGCUGACACUACCAGUAUCAACAGUAUGAUGAGUGUGUACAGUGAAACGGGGGACUAUGGAGACGUACGGGUUUCCGGGGAGAUCCUGCUUAACAUCUCGUACAGCUAUAAAACAGGGGCACUCAACGUGCUUGUCCGCGAGUGCCGCUGCCUAGCAACCGGGGAUGAGAGGAAGCAGCGCACGGAUUCGUAUGUUAAAACGUAUCUCUUGCCAGACAAGUCCCGUCAAAGUAAGAGGAAAACCAGCAUCAAAAGCAACAGCACUAACCCAGUGUUCAAUGAGAACCUGAGGUACGUGGUCAGUCACUCUCAGCUGGAGACGCGCUCGCUGCAGGUUUCUGUGUGGCAUCACGAUCGCUUCGGACACAACAGCUUCCUGGGGGAGACAGAGGUGACCUUUGACUCCUGGGAGUUUGACAGUCAUUUAGAGGAAUGGUACGCUCUGCAGCCCAGGAAUGAGUCUUAUGUAGACUCAGUGAUGCAGUAUAAAGGCGAGCUGACGGUGCUUUUGAAGUACAUCCCUGCAGAGAGAAAUAUCUCACCGCCACUGGAUCAAGUGCAAGUGAAAAAGGGAUUUCUGAAAGGAAAGAAAAUGAUCACCCUCCCUAAAGGUGGAAUGGUGGAGUUGCUGGUUAAGGAGGCCAAGAACUUGAUGGCCGUAAAAGGAGGUUCUUCUGAUCCGUUCGUCAAAGGGUACCUGCUGCCCGAUGACAAAAAAAGCACAAAGCACAAGACGUCCGUGGUGAAGCGCUCAGUGAAUCCACGUUGGAAUCACACCUUCACGUAUUGCGGACUGCAGCACAGCGAUCUGGACAGCGUGUGUCUGGAGCUCACCGUUUGGGACAGAGAACCGCUCGCCAGCAACGUCUUCCUGGGUGGGGUGCGGCUGGGUGCAGGAACAGGUCUGAGUUACGGGAAGGAAGUGGACUGGAACGAUGCUUACGGGGAGGAGCAGCGGCUAUGGCAACGCAUGAUUGAGAACCCAGAAGUCCCGCAGGAGUGCACACUGAUGCUUAGAUCAAGCAUGGCCAAAAGAAAGACUUAGUGAAUAAGGGACAAAAAUAAAGAAGAGGGUGUUUUCCUGGCAAUAUACAUCAUGUCCGAUCAUCGCUAGACAAUUUAAAGUGUUUGUAAUGGCAUUAGCCACAUUCUUCUUCCAUUAAGGUGCAUGUGCAUCAACAUUUUCAAAUGCAUUCGUAGGUAUAUGUGCAUAGACCUCUAAGGCCAUUUUUAUGGUGUUAACAUUCAUUUGGGUGAUUUAGCGAUAGCCAUCAGUGAUUAGAUUGCUGAAAAGGGAUGUUAAUACCGCUAUGAAUGCACACACAUUUACAUGAGGACUGUUUAAAGAGAGCACAGUGAAAGUCAGCAAUCCAAGGUCACAUUAUUGUCCUGAAAGAACAAAGCACUAAGCACUUCUUCACACAAAUCAAAUUUGCGCAAAUAGCAUCUGCACACAACCAAAGCACCUACAAAAAACCCUUAGAAGAAAAACAAACUGGUUAAAACCAAGAUUGUAGAGAACUGUUAACAAAACUGAAAGGCUACACGGAGGCCUUUAUAUUAGAGGACACUGGGUUCAUGUAUAGUCUUUUUUAAUCUGUUUUUCUUUUGGCGUAGUAGCUUUCUUUUACAGUUUAUGUACAUUUAUUUUAAUUUGUUUUAUUUGUGGCAAACAUAAAGGGUAAUUUAUACGUAUAUAUGACACGUAUAGCUUGAAUGCACUGAAUAUUGCAGUGGAUUAAAAGCACAGUUUAAACAAAAAUAAAAAUUCUGUCAUCAUUUAUUCACCCUCGAGUUGUUCCAAAGCUCUAUGAAUUUCUUUGUUCUGAUGAACACAGAGAAAGAUAUUUGGAAAAAUGCUUUGCCACCAUUGACUACCAUAUAGUAGGAACAAUUACAAUGUCUGUCAAAAGUGCCCCAGAACUGUUUGCUUUUCUACAUUCUUCCAAAUAUCUUCUUUUUUGUUCAACAGAACAAAGACAUUUAUAAUUGAUUUUUCCUACUUUAGUCAAUGGUGGCCAAGAACUGUUCGGUUGCAAACAUUCUUCCUGUGUUCAUCUGAACAAACGAAAUUUAUACAGAUUUGGAACAACUUAAGGGUGAGUAAAUGAAGACAGAAUUUUCAUUUUGGGGUGAACUGUACCUUUAAGACCUCUGCCAAAUGCAUCAAUGAGAUCGGGUUUGGGAGAAAAACAUAUUUUUAUAGUUUACUUUGUAAUACUGUAUCAAUAUCUCACAGCAGAAUUUAUCAUUUUUAGUUCAGUUUUCACAUGUAUUUUUGAUAAAUGUAGAACACAUCUGUGAGAAGGCAAAACUGUACUGUAGCACACACUUAAUAAUUUAUCUUCUUCCAAAAUCCAAGCUCAGAAUGAGCUAAAAAUAUAAUUGAGAAAGUCCAGUGCAGAUGAAAGUGAAUAAAACUACUCAUUAAAAAAAAUGCAAUAUUA